GGUGUCAGGUGUCAAAGUUAGUGACAUGAAUGUCACAAACAAAGUGAGUUUAUGAUAUUUUCUAAGCAGUUUGUUGAUUUUCCAUAAAUCCAGUCGAUUUAAAUGUUUGAAACUGCGCGAAAAUGUCCGACAACGAGUGCCCAACAGACGGCCAUCGCCAAUUGCCUGUAGAAACUUACAAAUGCUCGCAGUGUAACUUUUACACCAAUCAUGAGUACUAUUUACAACAACACAAUCUAACUCACGGUCUGCAAGCCCUCAUGGAACAUCACAAGAAAAAUACUCAGGAGUAUAUUCCCCAAUCGCAUCAAGAACCCUACAUCAAAAUUCAAGCCAUGGCAUCCAAAGUAUUUCAUUGUCUGCAGUGCACAUAUCAAACAGACCAGGAAGCCCUCUACAAGCAACACGUUUUGUCGCAUAGCACCCAAUUUGCCGUCGGGUCAUAUCCGCCCAUACAAGCAUACAUUGGCACCGAGGACAAUUACAUGAAGCCCCACACGGGGCUGAUGUUGCCUGCUUCUGAGCCCUUUGCUCCUCAACCAUACGAAUGCAGCCAGGAAACCGAUGCCAAACAGCAUAACACUGAUGGAUUUGACUCGGCUUCAAUAAAAGGAUCAGGCCUCAAUACUCCGACGACAGAGUUCUUCAAGUGCCCAACGAGUUUCUGUACCUAUGAAACUCAAAAUGAACAAAACUGGAAGCAACACAACGUAAGCCAUGACCAAGCGUGUUCUGAGGUGUUCAAAUGUUUGACAUGCGAUUUUGGCACCACUCAAGAGGAGAGCAUCAAACAGCAUAUUAAAGACCACAAACUUGAGGAAGCAAGUCAAACAGAAAACAGCCCAAUAACAAAUGUCCAUGAGGUUUUCCGGUGCAACAACUGCGACUACGAAACGAACCUCAAGGCAUUUUUAAAACGACACAUGCAAAUCCACACCAUAAAAGCCGAAGUAAAAGACGAAAUUGCCGAAAAAUAUCAGUGCUCGCAGUGUAAUUUCGAAACUGAGCACGAGAAAUUCUUGGAAAGACAUGAACGGAGCCACCAAGCAAUAAAGCGUCUCAAAUGCAAGAAGUGUAAGUUCGAGACUCUGUAUAGAAAAAUGUACUGUAUGCACCUAGAGGCGCACAAGUCAAAAAAACCGAUUGUAAAAAAAGCAAAGGCAGACAAGACGACAGUUAAGUGUGGAGAAUGUUCUUUUGAAACCAGUUCAAGAGAACAGUUGGAUAUCCAUAAGAAAAUUAGGCAUGUAAAAAAGGACGAUAUAACUUCAAGCUUAUUUAAUUGUACAUUCUGUAAAUACCAGACGAAUUGGGAGCCUUGCUUGAAGAGGCACAUUGAACGAGAACAUCCGACGAGAAAAAAAGUGAAAGUGAAAAAGGAAAAGGAAAAACUCGAGGUAAAAGUCGAGCAGGAUCCGGAACCGCCACCACCAUCAGAUGUUUUCAGAUGUUAUGAUUGCGAUUUUACCAGUAAAAGCAAGCAAUAUCUCAUUUUGCAUUUAAAAAGGUCUCACAUCAAGGCGGAAAAACUGGAUAAGCCAAAAUCUAAGGCCAAGAUCGACAAAUCAAAGGGUAAAAGUGAUGUUAGUGGUGGUAGGCCCGGUAAGCUUUACGAUUGUAAAUUCCGAAACUGUACAUUCCAAACAUCGAUAAAAAGCAACUAUGUGUACCAUUUGCGGAAACACCAGAGCCAGAAUCCGCAGCGAAUCAUGUUCCACUUUUGCGACCUUUGCGAUUUUAUAGCGAAAACUGAAGACAAUCUCACUGAGCACAAGAAGAGGAUGCAUCAAAACCACUUAAGCCAAGUGUACAAGUGCAAUCAGUGCGACUUUAAGACAGUUUUCAAGCACAGCUUAAAAACUCACUCGAUAAAGCACAAAAGAUACUCCUGCAACGUGUGCGAUGAAGAACUGGAGUCGGCGUUCGCCUUGGUCAAGCAUCGGAGAAGCCAUCAAGUAAACCUCAAGAAUGGCUUUUACUUGUGCGAUGUUUGCGGAUUUCAAAGCAAAAACGACCGAUCUUUAAAGAUGCACAAAAAGACUCACAACCCUGAGUUUAAGUGCCCAGAUUGUCCGUUCCAGACCCACAGCAAGGUGAACUUCCAAAAUCAUUGCGUAAACCACAGGAGUGCAGAUGAGGUAACAAUGUUCCCUUGUCCACACUGUUCGUACCAGUCGCGAUUGAAGCGAAACUUGGCUUGGCACAUGAAGCGGCAUGUCGAUCCCUCAAAGGCCAAAAUCUUCAAGUGUCCCUCUUGUGACUACCAGACGUUCACUAACGCGCAGCUAAAGUCGCACCUGAUGGUGCACAAGAGCAAGGAAGAGGUGAUUAUGUUGAAAUGCGAUUUUUGCACAUUCGAGACGAAAAGGAAGUCGAAUAUGGUGCAGCAUCGUUUGAGGCACUUGAAGGACUCGCCGGACGUUCCGCUGUUAUCCUGCCCCGAUUGCAACUACACGACAGUUGCAAAAAGACAUUUGAAUAAGCACAGGAAAACGCACAACGUGAACCCGGAUAAGAUGUUUCAGUGCACUUAUUGCCCGUAUAAGAUUCAUAGGAAGAUUUACCUGAUGCGCCACAUGGAAAACCACAAAACAGUUGAGACUUUUGGCAAUGAUCAAUGGCAAAGAUAUACGUUUCCGCCGCAGUCGCAAAUGACCAUUACGGGAGUCACGGUGGUUCCGAAUUUUGGACAAAACAUGGGUCAUAACUUGAUGUAAAAGUAACCACGCAGCCUUUUUGUAUUUCGGAUAAGUUGGUACGUUGUUGCUGCAGUUCGUGAAUAAUUGCACACAUGCUGUUGUUGGCACUAUGUUGUGGGCAAGGUAUUAUGAAUUGCAAUGUACAAAAUAGCUGUAAGACUAAACUGAUAUUUUAUAAUCUCUAGUAUAUUUUAACAAUCAAUUUGUAUUAAGUAGUUCAACAAUACUUUUAUUGUGCAAUCCUGCAACUGUAUAUUUUGUCUUCAGAAAGUACCGAUAAAAAGUGUCUAAUGUUUCGCUGGUUUUCUCCGCAAGUGUGAUAGGUAGUGUUUGCAAUUCGCCGACUAAACAAUAUUAGUUGCAACAAACUAAAAAGUGUGUUUAUCUCGUAAUCACUCAAAAUAUAUUUAUUUAGUAAAUAGCAUUAAAUACAUUUCUUAUA